UCCUUUUCUUUCUCCCACUCCCCACCUCCAUCAACUCUUGUUUUUCUCCUCAUAGAAAGAAGAAGAAAAUUCAAUAAGAGAAGAGGAAGAAGAAAAACAAUGGUGAAGUUCUCAAAGGAGCUUGAAGCUCAACUAAUACCAGAAUGGAAAGAUGCCUUUGUUAACUACAGGCAACUCAAGAAACACAUAAAGAAGAUCAAGCUCUCUAGAAAAAAAAGACAACCUCCACCUGACCUAAGCCAUGACUUUGGCCGGUCCAUUUUCGACCCCAUUCGUUUCAUCGCCAUGAAACUCUCAACCAAGUUCGUCAGCUCCAAUAACAAUACUGAGAUCAUUCAGGUAAGGAGUAAAACCAUGGAGGAUGGUUCUGAUGAAGAAGAAGUACUCUAUCAAACUGAGCUUGUCCAAUUGUUUUCUGAAGAAGAUGAGGUGAAGGAAUUUUUCGAAAGCUUGGACGAAGAGUUAAACAAGGUGAACCAAUUUUACAAGGCUAAAGAGAGUGAGUUUCUUGAGAGAGGAGAGAUUCUCAACAAGCAACUUCAAAUCCUGCUAGACCUCAAGCAGAUCCUCACCGACCGCCGGCGGAAGCCGAAUGCAGGGAUCAUUCCACGUUCAUGGUCAUCUUCUCCCCGCAAUUCUGAUUUCUCAGAGAGCCCCGCAGAAUUGAAUGAUAGUUCAACAGAAACCUCGCAAACAGAUGAGGUGAUCGCAGCGUUGGAGAGGAAUGGUGUGAAUUUCAUCAAUUCAGCAACGAGGGCCAAGACAAAGAAAGGGAUGCCAAAGAUGGCCAUGAGGAUUGACAUCCCAGCCACCACACCGACUCGCACCAUCACAGCUGUUACAUCCAUGCUCUGGGAAGAUUUAGUCAACAACCCCAAGAAAGAAGGUCCAACAGAUUUCAUUAAUAGGAAGAAGAUCCAAUGCGCUGAAAAGAUGAUUAGGAGUGCAUUUGUGGAGCUCUACAGGGGCCUUGGUCUGCUCAAAACUUACAGCUCACUGAAUGUGGUGGCUUUCACUAAGAUACUCAAGAAGUUUGACAAGGUAUCAAACCAACAAGCAUCAGCAAGUUAUUUGAAAGCAGUGAAGAGAUCCCAUUUCAUUAGCUCUGAUAAGGUUGUUAGACUAAUGGAUGAAGUGGAGUCCAUAUUCACAAAGCACUUCGCCAGCAAUGACAGGAAAAAGGCAAUGAAGUUCUUGAAACCACAGCAGCAGAAAGAUUCUCACAUGGUCACCUUUUUUGUUGGAUUGUUUACAGGUUGUUUUGUGUCACUGUUCAGUGUGUAUAUAAUAUUGGCACACUUGUCUGGUAUAUUCUCACCGAGCACAGGGACAGCUUACAUGGAAACUGUCUACCCUGUUUUCAGUGUAUUUGCAUUGUUAAGCUUGCACUUGUUUUGUUAUGGGUGCAACUUGUUCAUGUGGAAGAACACAAGAAUAAACUACAACUUCAUUUUUGAGUUUGCACCAAGCACAGCCCUUAAAUAUAGAGAUGCAUUCCUCAUUUGUACCACUUUCAUGACUUCUGUGGUUGGGGCUAUGGUCAUCCACCUCCUAUUAAGGGCCGGUGGCUUUUCUCCAACUCAUGUUGACACUAUUCCUGGAAUUCUCCUCCUGAUUUUCGUUGCCCUCCUGGUAUGCCCAUUUGACAUCUUCUAUAAGCCAACUCGCUACUGCUUCCUUCGUAUAAUACGUAACAUAAUAUGCUCUCCAUUUUAUAAGGUCUUGAUGGUGGACUUUUUCAUGGCUGACCAACUUACUAGUCAGAUUCCACUGCUAAGACACUUGGAAUCAACAGCCUGCUAUUUUCUUGCCGGAAGUAUCAAAACCCACCAAUAUGCAACAUGCAAAAACGGAAAGAUGUACAGACAGCUUGCUUAUGUCAUCUCGUUUUUGCCAUAUUAUUGGCGUGCCAUGCAGUGUGCAAGAAGAUGGUUUGACGAAUAUGACCUGGACCACUUGGCUAACAUGGGGAAGUAUGUUUCGGCCAUGGUGGCAGCUGGUGCCAGGCUAACAUAUGCUACACAGAGCAACCACUUCUGGUUUGCUCUAGUCUUGGUGACUCAAGUUGUGGCCACAGUUUACCAAUUAUAUUGGGAUUUCGUUAAGGAUUGGGGGCUACUUAAUCCUAAGUCCAAAAACCCUUGGCUUAGAGAUGAACUAAUUCUAAAGAACAAGAGCGUUUACUACCUGUCCAUUGCCUUGAAUGUUGUUCUAAGAAUUGCUUGGGUAGAGAGCAUCAUGCGGUUUCGCAUCAAUCCAGUUCAGACACAUUUGCUAGACUUCUUCUUGGCUUCCCUAGAGGUCAUCCGACGAGGGCAUUGGAAUUUUUACAGGUUGGAGAAUGAACAUCUAAACAAUGUUGGCAAGUACCGGGCAGUAAAGGCUGUUCCAUUGCCAUUCCGUGAGACAGACUCUGACGGCUGAUCAGAUCGUUAAAUUGAGGAAGUCCCUGACAAGCUGACACAGAGGGCAACUGAUACCUUCGGCAGUUCGUGUCACCAUAUACUAAAGAUUCCAGGGAUCCACAUUCUGUUUAAACAGUGUGGAAGAUCUCCUCCCUCAUCAUCAACCAUCAAGCACAAAUCCAAUGCAAAUCGUAGAGCUCCAAGUGAAAGAAAACCAGCAUCAAAUGGAAAUUAAUCUUAUCCACUUUGAAUAUGGUAUUCUAACUUGGAUUUGCUGAUAUCUGAAUCAAUCUGAUCUCUUAGUGAAUAGCCAAAGGCAUUUUUUUCCCUCUAUUCUCUGUUGGAUAAUGAAGAAUGAACUUUUAAUAUGUGUUUUGAAGCUUGAAAUGUAUAUUAGUCAGUCUGUAUAAUGAUGGGAACGAUUGAUGUAUGAAGCAAGUGCUCCAAUCCAACAUCAAGCACCAUAAAUUUUCUAA